AUUGCUUUCAUGUGUGUACACACAAGUAGCCGGCUUUUUGCUUUGUGACCGGCGUGGUGAAAAAUCAGGCACAAAAUCUGAAAAACAUGACCUCGAUAGAACAACUUUACAAGGACUUUGGAGUGCUUGCAGAUGCAAAAGAUAAAGCGGGAGAGCAUGAAGAGGCCUAUCUUUCUAUCUUGAAUGGGGUGAAUGGAGGUUCCAGUGAGAAGCGUCUGGCUUCACAGUUCAUGGCAAGAUUCUUUAAGUACUUCCCACAACUGUCUGAGAGGGCCAUAGAUGCACAGCUGGAUCUAUGUGAAGAUGAGGAUGUAGCUAUUAGAAAACAAGCCAUCAAGGACCUGGUUACCCUGUGUAAGAGUAACCCAGAGCAUGUCCCCAGGAUAUCUGAUGUCCUCACACAGCUGCUACAGAGUGAAGAUUCCAAUGAACUCAGUCUAGUGACUUCUUCACUAUUGAAUCUCUUCAGCUUUGAUGCAAAAGGUACUUUCCAAGGCAUAUUCUCCCAGAUAUUGAAUGGUGAAGACACGCUGCGGGAAAAAGCCAUCAAGUUUUUACAGAAUAAAGUGAAGCAGAUACCCGAAGAAAUCAUGACAAAAGAAGUUGAAGAAUUUGUUUUAGAAGAAAGCAAAAAGGUUUUAGUGGAUGUAACUGGAGAUGAGUUUCUUGCUUUUAUGCAAAUGUUGUCCGUCUUGAAAUGUUGCCAGACAGUGCUGGGGAGACAGCAGUUAGUGGAAUUGAUUACGGAACAGGCAGAUAUGGAGUCAGUAGAUGGAGAGUUUAGUAGCACAGAUGUAGACUGUGUGGACAAACUGUUGCAGUGUACAAAGCAAGGGUUGCCAUUCUUUUCUAAAAAUGUUCACUCCACCAAAUUUGUUGCUUAUUUCUGUGAUAAAGUGCUCCCCAAGUUAUCUGAGACAGCAAGCCCUGAUGAUGAUGACACUGACUACCGCCUGGAGCUUGUCAAAGUGUUUGCUGAAAUGUCAACCACUUGUGGAGACAUGGAAAAUUUAUCAGAGCGAUUGGAAAAGUUAUAUGACUGUCUUUUGGAAUAUAUGCCCCUUCCCCCUUUGACUGAAGAUGGAGAGAACACACCAGAAAGUGAGCAACCAAAGCUAGAGUUCUCGUAUGUGGAGUCAUUGAUGUUUGCCUUCCAUCAGAUAGCCAGAAAGGAGCCACAGUUUCUUACUGGAGAAGAAAAUGCAGAGAGACUCAAAGAUUUCAGACUCAGGUUACAGUAUUUUGCCAGGGGCAUCCAGGUGUAUAUAAAACAGCUUAGAAUGGCAUUACAAGGCAAAACUGGAGAAGCUUUAAAGACAGAGGAGAGCAAACUAAAAGUGACUGCUCUCAAGAUAACCAACAAUAUUAAUGUCCUGAUCAAAGACCUGUUCCACAAUCCACCCUCAUACAAGGCAGUCAUAUCCCUCUCGUGGAAGCCAGUGCAAAAAGCUCCUACUGCUAUACCUACAUCCCCAGCAGGCCAGAAGAGAGGAGCACAGGGUGAUGGUGAUGUUGCAGCCAAGAAGUCUCAUAGCCACACAGACAGGGUGCUGUAUCACCCACCCGGUGGGAAAUUCAGUGAGAAGGCAGGAACCUUUACACAAAACAGAGGUCGUGGAAGGGGUGGCUUCAGAGGGAGAGGAGGAAGGAACAGAAACUGGAGGGGGAGGUAUUGAAGGAAAUGACACCAGAAAAGGACAAGCCAUCAGUAUCAAUCAAAUGCAGGUCAUCUGCUAAAAAAAGACCAAACGGGGAGGCAUUUGUACAACGGUCUGAGCAUUUCUUUUUCAAGAUGCAUUUUUAAAACUUUUUGGAUGACCCAACAUCUAAAUUUAUCCAUGCAACCAUUGCACAUUUAAGUAGGUUUCAGGUUACCUUUUAACUCUAGAGGUAAUGAUGUGUCAUGCCUGCUUUUUGGUUGAUCUUAUAAAAUAUUGUACGAUAAAGUUGAAUGAUAAUGGUGUGUAAUUUGAUAUGACACCUUAUCAUUCACCUCAAUUGUCUGUAGAAUUAAAUGCACAUUUGGAAGCAUUUCAGCCACUGAUAUGCUUUAUACAAGAUGUUUUCCUUUAGUGAUAGUUUUUAUUCUUGAUUGUAGUUUUAAAUAACGUAAUCUUGAUGAUUAAAUUUUAAAAUUAAUUGUCUUAUGGGCAGUUUGUGUAGAAUUAUACUUGCAUUCCAGGAAGUCUUCUUGUAAAAGUAACUAGAAUUUCAAACCUUGCAUUAUGUAAAUAAACAUUUUUUAAAGAACAUCAGUCAUUUUCAGCACUUUAACAUACUUUCUCCAAGUAAAUUGUGUAAUAAACAUCAUUGAAUAAUAGUAAUUGGUGAUUUAAAGGAAAUCAUGGAUUUUGCAUGCUAAGAGUACAAAUGUUACAGGCAGUUUUCAAUUUUUUAGAAAUAAAUUUUUUUGUGUAAAGUUUUUCUUAGCACUGAUGGCAGAUAGCUAUUACA